AGGCGGUGGAGGUGGAGAAGAGUCUGAGGGACCAUCACGCGGCUCUCGAUGCUCGGUGGAAAGUAUGAUGCUGCUGUCCACGAGUGCCGCAAGCUGCGUGCAGAGCUGGGCAAGGCACGGAAGCCGUUUAUGGGAUAUACGCCGUCCGAGGCCGAGUUCUACCCUACUGAGGAUCCAGAAUUCGACGAUGACGAGGAGGAAGAUGAUUUCAGGACCGAGUGCAGCUUCGAUAGAAGCCUGCCCACUCGGGAGGACAUCAUCUUCGGCCUCUCCCCUCUCCCGGAGAACAUGCCCACUCUCCCGUCCUCGAUGCAGCCGUUCGCGGCAGCAGCAGAGGACGAGUACAGCGAUGAAGGCGAUACAGAAACCGACAACGAAACCGAUGAGGACGAUAUGGAGAAGCCCCACGUAAGGAACAGCGCCGUCGUCUACCCGCUCUCCCACUCGUUCGUGCCGCCCAUGAAUAUCCCGGGUGCCCAGGCGUCGCCGACGGAUGCCGUUGCCGACUUCGACACCGGCUCGUCCUGGACACACAAGUCAGGCCUCUCCAAAUCGCGCCCACGGAGCGGCAGCCACCGCACGAGCAAGACCUCGCCGGUAUCGUCCUCCCCCCCGGACCACGACGUAGGCGACGUCCGACCGAAAGGCCAAGGCCGCGGGCAGGGCGCGGAGCAGCAGCAGGAGCAGCGGCGCUGCGCACAGCUGCACGAGCUCCUCGACACGACACCGACGCCGACGCCCGCGCCGACGUCCUCCUCCUUCUCGUCCGACCGGUUCAUCGAGCCGCUGCAGCGCCCGGGCUCGACCGUCUCGCGCUCGAACACGCCCGGGAGCGCGGCGUGGGCGCCCGCGGCGGGGUUCUAUAGCGAGCAGUAUCGCCCGUCGGGGCACUCGGGCGCGGGGCGUACUAUGGAUAAGGUGCAGGUGGAGUGGCGCGGCGAUCGCGAUCGCGAGCGUGAGCGGGAACGUGAGAAGAUCCGGCACACGCCCUCGAUCCCGAGCGGGCUCAAGGACGGCGGGAACGGCGGCGGCGUUGGCGGGGGCGGGGGGUACGGCGGCCCCACGCCUGGCUCGUACGGUUCGUACGGGUCUUAUGGGUCGUACAGGGAGAGCCGGCACUCGCGCUCGGGCAAGAACAAGGCGCACUCGGUGCCCAAUGUCUCUUAUGCUUAGGUUAACUUUGCCCUUCGCCCUCCUCUCCGCCUCGCGUCUCAUUUCGUUCUGCCUCCUCCCCACUCGCCUCUAUAUCCACGGCUGCUGCCUGGAACUCUCAGUCCACACACCAUUGUCGCCCGUCUCGUCUCGCUGCCAGGAUCCGGUCGUUCAAGUCUACUAAUGUGCUAAUCAUGCGCCGCGUUUCGUUUAGCGUCCAAAGCUCGUUUUCGUUCCCCUAUCGAUAUCACCACGACUUUUCCAAACCAUGUUGAUCAUGAACCCAGGCUCCCGGCUCAGCCCAGCCCCAGCAUAACAUAACAUAACAUAACCCUCGUAGCUGUGCAUUUCUCUGUAUUCUUGUAGUUGUACAUGCGCCCUCCUGCACGAUACGUACUGUUUGUAUGAUAACUCCCCCUUCCCCCUCCCGACACGCUGCGGCGCAUACUGCACUGUAUGCGCGCGCAUUCACGAUCGCUACUCAAUGACAUUCG